AUGUCUGGCCUCUGCGUGGCAUGCUGUUCUACUCUUCGAAAAGGCACUCAAGGCUCAUACACGACAACAUGCUGCAAUAAAAUAAUAUGCGAGUCGUGUCUCAAGGCCAACCCAAGACUCAAAGAGUAUUCUCCUUGUCUCGCCUGUGGCGGCGGGGUUCAAGUCGUCGGGUCCAGCAGCAGAAACACGGGAUCCUAUAAGAGUCCGCGGAUUGAGCAGUUUGAGCGCGAGGCGAAUACGUUUGUGGUUGGAGGAGACUCCGAUGAUGAUGACCAAGAGUCGCCUGAGCAUCGGCUAGACGGUCCCAGUACAGUGACUGAUGUAGAAAUGCACUCAAAAGAGGAGGAAAAGGAGGAAUCCCCUCCACAGACGAAUCAAUCGGAGCAAGGCGGUCCCAGAAAGUACUGGUUACAGAAGCAAGACACCCUUCAAGGCAUCGCUCUGAAAUACAAACUAAACAGCCGCGAAAUAUGCACGCUGAAUGGACUGCCUCCAUCAACUCUUUCGACGACCCCUCACCUCCUACACACCCGCCCUUUCAUUCUACUUCCGCAGACUGAUAAGCAAAUACCACCGCCGCCACCAGACGCUGAAGCGCGAGGAGAAUCGAAAGCGGGAGCGUGCGGCGAAACAAUUCCAGUUCGUAACCAAAGAAAUAGACUGGGGCAUCGCCAAGGCUUACGUUGCCAUUUCGGAGGUGAACGAUACGGACCACGAUAUGCCAUGAAACGAAAGGAGAUGGGGCAACCAGUUGCGGGAACAUCGAGUACGGGAAAGGCCAGUGGCGCCGUCGAUUUAUAUAUGGAUGAUGAAGAAUGGGAAAGGGAGCAGCUUAAAGCAGGGCUCAAACCCCGAAUUCGACCCAUUCCUUUCUUCAAGGGCUAG